AUGAUCUACACUGCAGAGGGAUAUGAAAAGGUUAGGAAGCUUCUUGGGCACCUGUGCAUGGUGCAAAGCAGAGCCAAUGCAGUGGCAUACAAGGUGUCGAAGUACAAAUCAGAGAGCCCAGUGUACUUGGUGGAGGGCAACGGAGGGGAGGUGUAUUUGAUGGGAAACAACGUCUUCGAGCUUGAGUGCAGCGGAUUUGACGUCGGGGUUCCAAAGGAGAAGGAGGCUCUGGUUAUGCUUUUCAGAUUCAAUGUAGAAAAUCCCAUGGAGAGCACGGGGAAGAGAAUCGGGGCGUCCAGAGAAGCGCUGUUUGUGGAAGUGGAUGCAGGGCCUGUGACAUGCAACGGGAAAAGAGCAGGAACUCUGAUCACUUCUAGCAUCCCACAGAGCUUGGAUGCAUUAUCUAGCGUUCUUAGAAGAUUUAUUCGUAUUAGCAACGACAGAUAUCCCGGGGGACUUGAAAGGGCGCUUGUGGGUGUCCUUAGUUCAAACAAGAUUCUGUGA